GCUUGAGGACGGGCGAUUCUUUUUCCCACCCCUCAGAGCCAUGGGCCCCGUCCAUCCCCACGCCCUGAUGCAGGCCACGACCAUCCAUCCGAUAGCGAUGUGGAGCAGCAACCUCACUGCUGCCGGCCUCUCGCUCCAGCCCUCGACCUCAAACCUAAGUCCGACCGGUCGCCUGAGUUCCAAGAACUCGCCAGCUUCCUUCUUCGCCCUAGGCAGCUCGACCAGCUUCCCCUCAUUUCCUGGCAGAAUCUCGAGAGGUUCGGGCACAACCGCUUCUCCGAGGUACAACCUUCCGGAUUCUGCUUUCCGACGGCGGUACUCUGACGGGUUUCGUUAUCGGUGGCUUAUGAGGGUUGCAAAUGACGGCAGUGGGGGCGGGAACGGUGGCUUCGGCGGGUCGGGUUCAGGUCCUGGGUCCGGUGGCUCGGGUGAGGGCGGUGGGGAUGAGAGCGGUGGGAAAGCUCCAUCGCUUAUUUCCUGGUAUUUGAGGCUUCUGGAGGAAUCUCCGGUGUUGACGAAGGCGUUGACUUCUGCUUUAUUAACAUUUAUCGGGGACUCUAUCAGUCAGUUACUGAUAGAACGGGUGCCAACAUGGGAUCUGAAACGGACUUUUCUGUUUGCAUUCUUGGGGAUGGUGCUGGUAGGGCCAACGCUUCAUUUCUGGUAUUUAUCACUAAGUCAGUUGGUGUCCCUUUCUGGAGUAUCUGGUGUAUUCCUUCGCCUUCUGCUUGAUCAGUUCAUUUUCUCUCCUCUCUUCAUUGGGGUGUUUCUAUCCACACUUGUGGUCCUAGAAGGAAGGCCAUCGGAAGUCCUGCCAAAGCUUCGCCAGGAAUGGUUUUCUGCAGUCAUUGCAAAUUGGCAACUAUGGAUACCAUUUCAAUUUCUCAAUUUCCUGUUUGUUCCUCAGAUCUUCCAGGUGCUUUUUGCAAAUGUGGUUGCUGUUGCAUGGAAUGUGAUUCUAUCAUUUAAGGCCCACAAGACUGUCACCGUUCAGUAGAGGAUUGCACUGAACUGCUAUACUGACUUUCAUAUUUAAAGUUUAAAACUUCUCUUCGCCAUAUGAAGGGUCUCGAUGAAAUGACGAUCUGACAAGGUAUUCUCCAACAAACUGCCUGUGGUUUUCUGGAUGGAGCUGAGUUGAUCAUCAAAGUUUUCAUCUGCUUAUGGAAGCUUGACAUGUAUUAUUCUUUUUUUGUCUUGAUUUUCUGUAAUCAAGUGGUGAUUUGGGGAAAUAUGAUUAGUCUAUGGUCUUGCUUUAACAUCUUUUUGGAGUGUUUAUGCAUGCUCAUUGCAUGCUUGAGUUGUCAUUAUUGACUGUCAGCAGUCAAAUAGAACUCCCUAAUAAAUAUGUGAAGCAACCGAAUUCUUAGGUAA